GCAGGCAACUUCAGACUCAUUUUUUCCGACAUUGGCUUCUGGAGACCAGGGGACCUCGGCCCAACUCGCUUUGGAAGUUUGACAACCGGGAAGCCUAUAAGACCGAGUUGCACAAACUUCUGGAGCACGAGCUUGACAACUUCAGAGAGCAGUUCAAUCAACUGUACACCAAGCUUGCAAACGAGGACGAAGAUGGCGACAAGCUGGUAGCUGUUGCACAGCAUGAGUCCAUCCACAAGCCGCUGUUAUCCCAGAUCAACGCGCAUGCUUUCCCGGUGUGGGUUGAGCAGCUGGAUGUUCCAGAAACGUUGGAGCAGUUCCGCUUGGUGGGUGCUGCUGGAAUGGCAGGCCUGCUCGGUAGUCGCAACUAG